AUGAAGCUAUUCCAGGUCGCGCGUAGCAUCAAAAGGCCGUUUGGUCCCAAUAACAACCACCAACUGGCCAUCCAGCUGGCCAGUAGAUAUCUGUAUCAAGAUCUUCAGUAUCCUCCUGCCCUUACUCUUGCCCUGACCCUUGCGGAGGGCAAGCGGUGCGAGCGUCGCAGAUUUGAGAUCGAGCACCUGGAGCAAAGCUAUAUGAUGGAGCGUACUACUGGCCAGCUGGCUAGCCUGGCGCUGGAUGACCAGUUCGGUGACCAGUUCGAUGACCAGUUCGAUGACCAGCCGGAUGGCCAGUGGGCUGUUGCUGGGACCAAACGACCUUUUGACGCUACGCGCGACCUGGAAUAG